AGUAAUUUUCUAUUCAAUAAAGAAAAUAUAUUCUCUUUAUUAACUUGAUUGGAAAAAAACAAUUAUCAACUU